AUGGCCCUCGGAAUCGCAGAGUUGUCCCGCGCGGCGGUGUGGUGCGCAGUUUUGGCGUGGUGCGUCGGUUGCGCGUGGAGUGCGCCCGCGCAGCUGUGCACGGCCGCCGCGGAGGACGAUCCAAGGGCUGCGCGCUUCUGUCAGGCCCUUAACACCUUCUUAGAGUUGUAUGCCGAAGCGGCCGGUGAACAGGUGCCCGAAUACCAAGCGUUAGUCCGCGAUUACCCGCAACUUCUUGACUCUGGCAUGAAGAGGCAAGACGUCGUCCACUCUUUCCUCCGCUUCGGCCGUCGCCGCUGA